CCAAUCAAACUAGGCUGGUAUCUGGUUAUCAUUGUGCGAACUCGUAUUCUACCUUGUGCCGCCAUCUAAAGUCUAAACAACUUCUACCUGCCGUCACAUAUUUUUUAACCUUCUCCAAGCCUUUCUCUUCUUUUACCAACCGCUAUCGCUUCGUCACUCAGUCAACUGGUCUGGCCCACCACGUUCUACAACAGUGACAACCGAACGCCCUAAACAUGUCCCAAACAACUCAAUACAACUUGCGCUCGCGCACUCGCGCUAGAGCUAGCUCGUUGUCAACUCCUGCUAGUGUGAAGAACCUUAAAGUAAGUGAGGCUUUCGGGAAUCUCGUCGUUAACCUACUCUCUAGCUCUCAAACUCUGGCGGAGGGCCCCGGCCCCAAAGCUGAGCUGCCCGACUCUAUUGAGUCCCCGUUGACCUCUUCGGGGCGAUCUUUCGAGGUCGAAAAAGAGAGUCCAUCCGCUUUACGACCCGUCCGCUCGUAUAGCGACGUGGUCAGAGCGAGUAGCCCUGCCCGUGACCAUCAGGUUGGGCAGGAGAGUAAUAUAUCCCUAGAUGCUGUAACAGGCAUCGCCCUUGACGAUGAUGUCAACGUAUUGGACCAUAAAACAAGGGAAUACACUACCUUCGAGACGGCGAGUGAACGAAGCGAAGUCACGAGUGACAACGACGACGGUGAUAGCCGUCCGUGGACUACGGUCGACAAGAAAGGUCGCCGUAAGCAUAAACCUAAAGGGAAAGCACCCGAAAGACCACAGGAUCUAUCGAGUGAGCAGAGGGCCGCUGUUGAGACAGCGAGGAAGCGGCUUACCUCGAAGGAACGAGAGCUGUGUGCCCGACGUGAGGAAAGUCUUAGUCGACGUGAGGAGACCACAACGACACCCGGAUUAGAGAUCCGGGGAGCAGGACCCUCGAAGGGGAAGGGUAUGGACCCCAGAAACUGGGGAGCCCUCGUCGAGGAAGAGGAGAUCAAUCUCGAGGAGCAAAGAGCUGCCCUCGAAUCCUACAGAAAAGCUAAAGAUAUAGCUAAUGAGUCUGAAGAAAACUCGGACCAGGAGGAGCAGGAAGAACCUGCUAACCGAAAUCGUGCCCCACUGAAGCCCACCGGGUGGAUGGAUGUGUUCCUCGAAACGGAACGACGGAACAAGGCCGUUGAAGCUGCAGUGGCUAUAACCGAGGAACGACUCCGUAAGGAGUACGAGGAAAGGAUCCGAAAGAUAGUCCAGCCUCGCGUUCCCUCCAAAGGAAACACAGACCCGGUAACUCGGAUGGUGGAUAAGGUGGUGAAGCCCACCAGUAGAAAGCAGGCACGGAGGAAAACGCCCCAAGCCAUGGAGCCUGUGGGUCAAGUAGCCCCGAAAUCGUAUAUCGGACAAGCACUGGGACGUCUUGGGAAAGACGACGAUGACGACGAUGAUUCGUCAUCAAGCUCCAGCUCCGAAUCCAGUAGUUCGAGCUCGACAAGCUCAAGCAGCGACGACGCUAGAAAGAAACGAAAGAAAAGGUAUCGUAUGAUGGGGCCGUGGAUUCUAGGGCGUUCCAUCGGUUUAUAACCGAGGGAACGGCCUAUGUGGAGGAUGGACGAGUGAAAUUGUCAAAGAAAGUCUUCAUACUUUCACAUUUCCUGAAAGGGAAAGCUCAUGAAUUUUACAUACGAGAAAUAUCAGGAGACCCUUACCGAUGGCGUCUUCGAGAGUUCUUUACCGAAAUGUUUAACUACUGUUUCCCUAUAAACUUUAGAACGAAACAGCGGGAGAAAUUGAAACGAUGCUUUCAAAACGACAAACCUGUGAGAGAUUACAUCUACGAGCUCAAUGAGCUCUGGAAUAUGAUUGGAGACGUAGAUGAGCGGGAUCGCGUGACCCGUUUAUGGACUGGG